GCCGGCGAGGCCGGCGGCGGCGGCGUUGAAGGAGGCGGUGGCGGCGGUGGGGCCAGGAUGGCGGGAACAGCGCUGAAGCGGCUCAUGGCCGAGUACAAGCAACUGACGCUGAAUCCACCCGAGGGAAUCGUGGCAGGCCCAAUGAAUGAAGAGAACUUUUUUGAAUGGGAAGCCCUGAUCAUGGGCCCAGAAGACACCUGUUUUGAGUUUGGGGUUUUUCCUGCCAUUCUGAGCUUUCCCCUGGACUAUCCACUCAGCCCCCCAAAGAUGAGGUUCACCUGUGAGAUGUUCCACCCAAACAUCUACCCCGACGGCCGGGUCUGCAUCUCCAUCCUGCACGCCCCCGGAGACGACCCCAUGGGCUACGAGAGCAGCGCCGAGCGCUGGAGCCCCGUGCAGAGCGUCGAGAAGAUCCUCCUCUCCGUCGUCAGCAUGUUGGCAGAGCCCAAUGACGAGAGUGGUGCCAACGUAGACGCUUCCAAAAUGUGGCGGGAUGACCGAGAACAGUUUUAUCGAAUUGCCAAGCAGACUGUCCAGAAGUCCCUGGGGCUUUAGGGCCCCUCUCUCCACCCCCCUCCCCCCGCCCUGUCCCCCCAUUGUCCCAGGGCUGCGGUCCCCCCACAACUGCCGGCUGGGGGCCGCGGUCCUCGGUGCUGGGACCCAGCAAGAGGAGCCAGAGCAGCCCUUCUCGUCCCUCUCCUUCCUCCUUGUGCGCCCCUUUCCAUGGAUGGACGGACGGCGGCGGCUUCCUCACGGAGCGUUCUCCCUCCUGACCACCUGCAGCUUCCUCCCUGCGGAAGAGCCCUGACCUUCUGGGGCCUGGCGAGAAGCCGGGCCUUCCCUGCUCUCUCGGAGUCCGUGAGAUGAGGCUUGGGAGCCCGGAGGAGGAGGAGGAGGAGGAGGACGAGGAAGAAGGGCUGGACGCCAGAGUGGUUUCCGAGUCACUCGGCGUGUUACACACAUGUGCCACGUGGGGAACGUGUAUUCUGCCAUCAGAUUCUGUCCUGACAAUUUGACAAAUAUAUGUUUUUCUUAUCACCCAGUGGCGUGAGCUUUUCCAGUGUAGAUGACCGUCCGAUCCAGUUUUCUUGGCCUUUUUUACAUUGUGGGUCAACACAGGGUGGGGCGGAGCAGUCAGAUAGGAAAACCGGGAGAAUCUGGCCCGUAGACUGGCCGAGUCAGAUUCCCGCUCCGGGUGGCAGCACCGUCCCGGAGUUGGCGUGGCUGGGCCGGGGCUUGCCCGAAGGCGAUGCCUGCAAAGCGGCCCAGGCCCGGCUUCUUCCGUGGUGGUCGGGGGCCUCCGCGGGCCCCGGCCCCACCGUGACUGCCUCACGGGGCUCUCCGGACACUCUCAGGUCUGCAGCCCCGGCUGAGAGCUGAGCUUCCAAGCAAUAACAGGUUCGUCGCCAGCGGGGCCAGCUCCCGGGGCUGCCGACCCCAUUUCAAGAAGAAUUUCUAUUUUUGAAACACAAGAAAUAAAGGGUGUGUCUGAGCUCUUCGGACAGAGAUUUUCUUGACCUUAUUUUGGUUUUCCCUUCCCUCCCCCUCCCCACUUUUCGGGGAUUCAAUGCCGUGGAAUGGGCUCCGAGUCGGCUCCUGCGGAGACCCCGCGCCCUCGUUGCCAGGAGGGAGUUUCUUAGGUUUGGAGCGGACGACUGUGUUGGGGUUGGGGAAGUGGCUAGAGUGGUGCCUGCCGGGGGGCUGCCAGGGUCUGGGCACCAGCGUUCAAAGGCCCGGUCCGGAGGGGUGGGGAGGAGGAAGGCCGCGGUCUGGGCAGAUCGAGGCGGUGAUGGGAUCCGAAGAUGACUUUGGGACGGAAACACUUUCAGAAGCAAAGAAAGCAUUUGUGUUCAUUUGUAUUUAUUUUGGGCCCCACCCCGUGCAGUCUCCUCCUUUGAUGGCUUUGUUAAAAAUAAAGUUCUAUAUUGACCCCCUG